AUGAUCUACGAUCUGUUUAGAUCAAAGUCAAACAUUAAUCACACAUGUCCUUACGUGGAUGCUAUAAGUGUUAAAUUUUCAAACCUGGAAUGUGAGUCCAAAAAUCAAUCAUGGAUUAUUGUACACACUUGUCGACUGAAAGCAAUCAAUAGGAAACGAGUUGAUGUUAACUUUAAUUCGACUAUUCUUCAUCCAGUGAACAUCUUGCAUGUCCAUUGUCAGGUGCUAAAAAAGGCAAAUGGUUAUAAGCCGUGGCUAAUAGAUUACACAGUUGAUGGAUGCGCAUUUUUACGAAAAAAUAACCAUCCAUUUGUAAAGAUAGUCUACGAUCUUUUUAAAUCAAAGUCAAACAUUAAUCACACAUGUCCUUACGGCCCAAUUAUAGUGAAAGACUUAUAUCUUACACCGAAUUCCAUACCACUUCCUUUUCCAACUGGUGAUUAUUGCCUUCUUUUAGAAUGGAAAUUUGAUAGAAGGAUACAAAUUAUUACGAAAUAUUGUAUGGAAUAUAUCGAGGAUAACUAA